AUGCAGACAAUUGAUAUAGCAAUACUUGGCGCCCCUGCAGUGGGUAAAACUGCUAUUAUACAACAGUAUAAAGACUGCACGUUUCCAGACCAGCAUUUCCCAACAAAGGUAACGUCAACAUAUACACCAGUUGUUCUAGCAAAUCAACAUCUUUAUGAACUGAACAUUGUCGAUACGCCGCCACUGCAAUAUUUUCAAAUGAAGAGUUAUUAUGAUUGGGUGGACUUUGAAUCCUACUCGGAUGAAGUAAAGAAUGCAGCAGCGUUUAUUCUUAUAUUCGAUGUUUCUAAUGUUGAUAGUUUUCAGUACGUCAAAGACUUACGUGAACAGAUACUGGAUUAUCACGCGAGCGGUGUGGGUGAAAUACCGAUGGUUGUAGCUGCUAACAAGAGUGAUUUAGGUAAAUGCAGUGGGCUGUUCAAGAGAGACAUGGCGCAUAUAAUUAGGAAGAACUGGAAAUCUGGUUACGUCGAAUGUUCAGCGAAAUAUAACUGGCAUAUUCUGGCUUUAUUUAGUGAGGUUAUGAAGUUGAUAUGUGAAUAUCGGGAUAAACCGUCGACUGCUAGAAUACGAGGCGGACUACGACGCAAUAGUUGCAUAAUUAUGUGA